GAGCCGCAAAAGGUUAAUUGAAUGGGAUUUGACCUCGUGAAACUAAACUUGACAUGACUUUGACUCUAUAAAAAUACAUCAUAGUUUGUCGAUCAUAAUCAGAAUAACAAUGGCUGAUGAAGAGAACAAGAACAGCAUCGUUGUUGCACCCGAAGAUGAGUCCACAUGUGACAAAGAAGAAGCAGAACAGGAGACAGAACUGAGUUCUAUUCUGGAUAAACUUAGUUUAGAUCCUAAGAAAGAGAAGCAGAAGAAGAAACUCUUGGUCUUAAGUCUGAGUGGUCUACUUCUUCAUAGAGUUCAUCGGAGAACUAACCGCAAAACUCCCAAGAACAGAUCUCCUGAUGCUUCUUGUGGCCCAAACCUAGUCUAUAAGAGGCCAUUUGCUGAAGAGUUCAUGAAGUUUAUUCUCGAGAGAUUUGAAGUUGGAAUUUGGUCCUCUGCUUGCGAGAAAAAUGUUGAUAUAGUUCUAAACAUUGUUCUUGAAAAUCUUCAAGAUAAUCUUCUUUUUGUGUGGGACCAAGAAGAGUGUACUGACAGUGGAAGUACGACAUUGCAUAACAGUGAUAAACCUAUGUUUUUCAAGGAUCUCUCUAAAGUGUUUAAGUACUUCAAAGGCUUCUCUGCUUCAAACACUAUCUUCAUCGAUGAUGAACCAUACAAAGCUCUUCUUAAUCCUGACAAUACAGGUGUGUUCCCAGUGAGUUAUGAUCCUACAGACAAGAACGAUGACUUUCUUGAUCCAGAAGGAGAGUUCUGUUCUUACUUGGAUGAUCUCGCAAGUUCGUCAGAUGUUCAAGAUUAUAUUAAAGAGCAUUCUUUUGGUCAGCCAAUGAUUGAUUCUUCUCAUCCGGACUGGUCUUUCUACAGCAAAGUCAUAAAGGAUUAUUACCUUGCAUAUGUCUGUUAGUCUAGUUUUAUUAAUAUUUACUCUGUUUUUUAGCUUACUAUUGAGUAUUGAACACAUUUCUAGUAAGAAUGUUGAACAUGAACACAUUCUGUUUUUUUUUUUCAAUUAUUUAAUCAUCUCAAAUGUUUUGUUUAA